GCCGGCCCGGUGCGGGAGCCGGGCAGCGGCGCGGAGGCGAAGGAGGCGAAAGAGAGAAAGGCAGCCUGGAGGGAGGGAGCGCCGAGCCACAGACUAGCACAGCAAAUUCUCCACCGUCCUCUAGCACCCACCAAGCGGCGGCAGUGGCAGUGUCUAGGAAUAGAGAGCUAGAAAUAUAUAAUCACCCCGCUCCUGCACCAUGGCUUUCCAAAGUAGGCUCCCUUCUUGGAUUAUUUUGUGCUCCGUCUGGCUGUUCCGCUUUGCACACACGGGGGAGGCACAGGCUGCAAAAGAAGUAAUACUGCUGGACUCUAAAGCACAACAGACAGAGUUGGAAUGGAUUUCCUCUCCUCCCAAUGGGUGGGAAGAAAUUAGUGGACUGGAUGAAAACUACACUCCUAUACGAACAUACCAGGUAUGCCAGGUGAUGGAAUCAAACCAAAACAACUGGCUUCGGACUAACUGGAUUGCAAAAAGCAAUGCACAAAGGAUUUUUGUAGAACUGAAAUUCACUCUGAGGGAUUGUAACAGUCUUCCUGGAGUUCUGGGGACUUGUAAAGAAACUUUUAACUUGUAUUAUUAUGAAACAGACUACGACACUGGCAGGAGUAUCCGAGAAAACCAAUAUGUAAAAAUAGACACUAUUGCAGCAGAUGAAAGUUUUACCCAGGGUGAUCUUGGGGAGAGAAAAAUGAAACUUAACACAGAGGUGAGAGAAAUUGGACCUUUGUCCAAAAAAGGAUUCUAUCUUGCGUUUCAGGACGUAGGGGCCUGCAUUGCUUUGGUCUCUGUCAAAGUCUACUACAAGAAGUGCUGGUCCAUCAUUGAGAACUUAGCUAUUUUUCCUGACACAGUGACUGGCUCAGAGUUUUCCUCUUUAGUUGAAGUGCGAGGAACUUGUGUCAGCAGCGCGGAGGAGGAGGCGGAGAACUCUCCGAAGAUGCACUGUAGCGCGGAGGGAGAGUGGUUAGUGCCUAUUGGAAAGUGUAUCUGCAAAGCAGGAUACCAGCAGAAAGGAGACACGUGUGAACCAUGUGGCCGUGGGUUCUACAAAUCCUCCUCACAAGAUCUGCAGUGCUCCCGCUGCCCCACUCACAGCUUCUCUGACAAGGAAGGAUCUUCCAGAUGCGACUGUGAAGAUAGCUAUUACAGAGCACCUUCUGAUCCACCAUAUGUCGCAUGCACAAGACCUCCAUCUGCACCACAGAACCUAAUUUUCAAUAUCAACCAGACGACCGUGAGUUUGGAGUGGAGUCCUCCCGCUGACAACGGGGGAAGAAGCGAUGUGACCUACCGCAUCUUGUGCAAGAGGUGCAGCUGGGAGCAGGGCGAGUGUGUUCCCUGUGGGAGUAACAUUGGAUAUAUGCCCCAGCAAACUGGAUUAGUAGAUAACUAUGUCACUGUCAUGGACCUGCUAGCUCACGCUAACUACACGUUUGAAGUCGAAGCUGUGAAUGGGGUUUCUGACUUGAGCCGUUCCCAGAGGCUUUUUGCCGCUGUCAGUAUUACCACCGGCCAAGCAGCUCCCUCGCAAGUUAGUGGCGUAAUGAAAGAAAGAGUGCUGCAGAGGAGCGUGGAGCUUUCCUGGCAGGAACCAGAACAUCCCAAUGGAGUCAUUACUGAAUAUGAAAUCAAGUAUUAUGAGAAAGAUCAAAGGGAGAGGACCUAUUCAACAGUGAAAACCAAGUCCACUUCAGCUUCUAUUAACAACCUGAAGCCAGGAACAGUGUAUGUUUUCCAGAUCCGUGCUUUUACUGCUGCUGGUUAUGGAAAUUACAGCCCCAGACUGGAUGUUGCCACAUUGGAAGAAGCCACAGCCACAGCUGUUUCCAGUGAACAGAAUCCUGUUAUUAUCAUAGCUGUGGUUGCUGUGGCAGGAACAAUCAUCCUGGUCUUCAUGGUGUUUGGAUUCAUCAUCGGACGAAGGCAUUGUGGCUAUAGCAAAGCGGAUCAAGAAGGGGAUGAAGAACUUUACUUUCAUUUUAAAUUUCCAGGCACCAAAACCUACAUUGACCCUGAAACCUACGAGGACCCAAAUAGAGCUGUCCAUCAAUUCGCCAAGGAGCUAGAUGCCUCUUGUAUUAAAAUUGAGCGUGUGAUUGGCGCAGGAGAGUUUGGUGAAGUGUGCAGUGGGCGUCUAAAGCUGCCUGGCAAGAGAGACGUUGCAGUAGCCAUAAAAACUCUGAAGGUUGGCUACACUGAAAAGCAGAGGAGAGAUUUUCUGUGUGAAGCAAGCAUCAUGGGGCAGUUUGACCAUCCCAACGUGGUUCACCUAGAAGGAGUUGUUACCAGAGGGAAACCAGUCAUGAUUGUAAUAGAAUACAUGGAGAAUGGGGCCUUAGAUGCAUUUCUUAGGAAACAUGAUGGGCAAUUUACUGUCAUUCAGCUAGUGGGAAUGUUGCGAGGAAUUGCUGCUGGAAUGAGAUAUUUGGCCGAUAUGGGAUAUGUACACAGGGAUCUCGCAGCACGCAAUAUUCUUGUCAACAGCAACCUUGUUUGUAAAGUAUCAGACUUUGGCCUUUCCAGAGUUAUAGAAGAUGAUCCAGAGGCUGUCUACACUACAACCGGGGGAAAAAUUCCAGUGAGAUGGACAGCUCCAGAGGCCAUUCAGUACCGCAAAUUUACAUCAGCCAGUGAUGUGUGGAGUUAUGGAAUAGUUAUGUGGGAAGUAAUGUCUUAUGGAGAACGUCCUUACUGGGACAUGUCAAACCAAGAUGUUAUAAAAGCAAUUGAAGAAGGCUAUCGUUUGCCAGCACCCAUGGAUUGCCCAGCAGGACUGCACCAGCUGAUGCUGGAUUGUUGGCAGAAGGAACGCGGUGAAAGGCCAAAGUUUGAGCAGAUAGUUGGCAUUCUGGACAAAAUGAUUAGAAAUCCAAACAGCUUGAAAACCCCCCUGGGAACCUGUAGCAGACCAAUUAGCCCUCUUCUGGACCAGAACACUCCCGAUUUUACCACUUUCUGCUCCGUAGGCGAAUGGUUACAAGCUAUUAAGAUGGAAAGAUAUAAGGAUAAUUUCACAGCAGCAGGCUACAACUCUCUUGAAUCAGUUGCCAGGAUGACUAUUGAAAUCAAAAACAUGCCAGGUGCUUUGCAAAACAGAGAACAAGAAAAAUCCCUUUCCAGAAGAGAUGACAGCCUGAAUAGAAAUGGCAUAAUGGCAGGAAACAAAGGAAGCAGAAAGGGGAAGCCAAACAAGAGUUAUAACCAUAAGAUCAUGAGAUUGGUUUGGAGGCACAGUGAACGCUAUGAGGCAUUUUUUUAAAGCCCAUAAGGACUGUAGUUGGGAUUAGAGAAUGGAAAUGUAGAAAAGAAGCAUGGAAAGGAAUGGAGAAGAAGGGAGGAACAGACUGGCAACAGGAGGAAGAGUAAACAGAGGUGUAUGGGAGAGGCCAGAACACACAUCUGACAAACUGAGGAUUAUGACUAAUGACAAGGAUGAAAGACCACAUCUGAAGAGCAUGAUGAUUUCAGGAGGAUGGCGAAGCAGGACAUGGCGAUGCUGCUAGGGAGAGAAGAGCCAGCAAAGCUGCCCUGGAAGCCUGCCCUGGAAGCUCCUCACGCUAACAUAACCCUGCUUCCCCAUCUUCUUUCUAGCUCCCCUCUUAUACAUAAAAUAUGUAUAUAGAAGAGCAAAGGAGAAGGAGAAGCAGCUAAAUAAACUUUUCCAAAGAUCCUGCUGGGGAAGAAGUUUAAGCUGGGAUGAUACAGAUUUACUCCUACUGAUACUCCUUGUGGAUAGCAAGAGGCAGAGGGCAUUCUGUUAGUCAUACUCCUGCAGAUGAAUCUAUGUGAGUCUUUGCCUCUACUUACAAAUAGGCCUUGUUGAGAAAUAUUCAGCAAAAUUAUAAUACUCCAGCCAAUCUGGGACAUUUUAAAAUGUCCUUCCAUUCUAGAACAGAAAGAAAUUAUACCACUCACAGUGAAAUGGAAACAGGAAAGAAGAACAUUUUAACAGUUUGUUUUGUUUUUUUUUUUUUAAUGCUGAAAAUAAUCAUUUCAGUAUUACAGAAAAAUAUAAGGGGAUUUUGCUCAUUGUGGAAAAAAAUUCAUAUUAUACAUUUUCAUGAAAUUUCUGAUAAAAUUGGAAAUUAUUUUAAUUACUUAGGACCGGUUUUUCUGUUGUGGAUUUUUUUUUUUAGAAAAUUGGUAUUUUUAGAAAGAAAUAGCAAAAUUGCCAUGUUCAGCGUGUCAGGCAUUUUAAAAUACCCUGAUUUCCAAGGUAAGAAUUCUUCAGGAGUAAGAAAGCUGAAAAGUGGCCAGUCUAAUCUCUUCCUCACUUCCUUCUCCUCUGCUUCUGUGAUCAGACAUGUCUAAUGAUUGGUCUGCAAAGAGCAAAGCCAGUUUCUAUGUCUCCCUGAGAAAAGGCAUUUUACCAACUACUUUAAGAAUUUUUAACUGGAUCUAGUUACAGGAAGUCACUUUUUUGCUGCAGACUAUGUGUCCACAAAUCCUCCUCAAAGCUCUUCCCUUUUGCCUGGAAAGGUUUAUCAGAAAGCAUGCGGGAAAGGCUCAGACCUUUCCCUCUUCAGUGAAACUGUUUCUGAACGUAGUUAUAGCUUAGCAGAUGUACUGGUAUGACAGUUGAGAGACUACUGCUGUUAAUGAAGUAUUCUAUUACCUUGGCAUAUAUAGACACUUUUCACUUGGUACUUCUGACUGCAAAGUAUUGAUGUUUAGGCUAUUAUAAGUACUUGCACAUUAUAUUUUUUCGGUAAGUUUUAGAGGACAGAACUGGGUAAAUUUUUCUUCUCCUUCAGGGUAACACAGCUUUUCAUGAGUCAUUCAUCUUGAAUGUAUACCAGAGUGAUAUCAAGUUGUUUGUUGUGACACCUUAUCAAUAUGACGCCCAUUUUUAGUUUCUUCUAGCAGUGGAAUGAUUUGUCUCAUGGAGACAAUGUCCUUGUUUGAGAAUGGUGACUCUGGACAAGAUUAAAAUAAUUUGUUUGAGUGAGGAGGAGGCAACUGAAAGUCAUAGCUGAAAUAUUACCAAAAAUCCUUAACUGGUUGGAUUUGUCCAUCAUUUGCUUGAAGAUUUUGGUAAAUGGUGCUUUAUUGGGUUCCCAAAUGCCAGCAAUGGCCAAGCACUUUCUUUUAAUUUUCUUCAAUUUGGACUUUGCUUAAGUUAAUUAAGCUUUUGUCAUCUCAGGGUACCAUUUUAGCAAUGAGGUUUACAAGACCUUCUCUGUCAGUGUAAAAACUUUGGCUGCUUAAGAACAUAUGGGGUAUAGAGAGUAAACUCAAUGCUCAGCAGUGCUUGAAGAGUGAUUCCCACCUCAGUAAUUUCUCUCCACAGUCAUCAAAAUAAUACUGGAUUUAAAUCCUAUAGUCAUGGUGUCAAUUUACCAAAAUCUUCUCUGCCUAAAUAAUUCUUCAAUUAAUGUAGCUCAAAGUUUUAUAUCAAUCCAUCUGUCAUUAAAAAAUGGGAUUGCAAAGUAGUGUGAUAAUAUCACCCCAUAAUACAGAUUUUUUGCAUAUCAUUUUUACAUAUUUGAAGGAACUCAAUGAACUCAGUUAUAUACAACUUUUUGCAAUAAGAGGCACAACAUAAAGCAAUAUCAAAACACAGGUAAUAUUUCUACUCAUUUUAUUUAGCCAAGCUCCAGAGUUUGCAUAAUUUUGCCACUGCUUCUGGCAUGAUAGCAGAUGUGGAUGUUAUCCAUACCUGCCUAACUUGUGGUGCUGAGAGAGGAUUCAGCUGUGUGGCACCUUACCACCCUCUGAUACAAAAAAAAAACCAAAAAAAGGAAUUCCACUGGGAAAUGUGGCAUAGCCUCUGGGGAAUGCAGUUUGACCUACCUUCUGGGUUCAGACACUGAACUGGAUGCAUGAUUUGGGAAGGGAUUUAAUACCAGCUACCUCAGUAGCCACAAGGUGUUACAGGAAAAAGAUUGAAAAAAAAACCAAACUACUCUAAUGUAUCCUGAGACUGAAGGACAGCAUGGUUAUUUUGCCUAUAUAUUAAUUUCUAACCUUGCCUAUACUUCUCCUCACAAUCUUUCCCUGAUAUUGUCUGUCAGUUCUUUCAAGAAGACACUUGGUUGUGCAUAAAGUAGGAAUAGCUGCACUGACUCGAGCCCACGCAGCCCUGUGUGCCUGGCUGUGUGCCUUGCUGGGGGUACAGUCUUGCUUUAAGGCCUCCACUGAUCCCUGCAGAUCAGGGAAACCUUCAGCUGUUCACUUCCAGACAUCUCCAGGGCUCUAUAUCCAAUAUGUACAGUUCAAAUACUUCCCAAAUCAGGGCAGUGCACUAUGAUGAAUAGUCUGAAUUUGUCCUAUAUUCUGUGAAUUUACUUCUUUCUUCUGUCAAUCUUCACUCUCUCUCGUGCCCUUCUUUCUCCUGAAGCAGAAUGACCAGGGCUGCAUGAAUAAUUCAAAAUAAGAGUGUAUGAUGUAUUUAUACAGUGAUAUAGCGAUACAGUGUAUUUAUACUGUGAUAUAUAUAUAUAUAUGUUUUCUAUUUUGUUUACAGUUUCUUUCUUAAUCAUCCAAAUAUCCUGUUUCACAUUUUUACUUGAUACUGGGUGCUUGACUUGAUGUUUUCAGAGAGAUGUCUGAUGUUAAUUCCUUAUUUUUUUCUUCUCAAGCAAUAGUUAAUUCGUAGUCCCUGCCUGUGUGUGUAGAGUUAGACUUAUUUACCCCUUGUUCAGUUCUUUCUGUUUUAUCAGAUUUCAUCACUCCUUCAUGGCCAAGGGCAUUGAAAAUUGUGAAAUCAUUUUGCAGUUCUUUCCAGGCAGUUCCUUACUGAUUUAAAUUACAAAAAGCAUUUUGUAUCAAACUUUCUCAUCUGACAGUUCUUAGAUAUCACAUUUCCCUUUACUACUAAUAAAAGUACUUUUGCUUAAAUCCUUUGUUUUAUUUCAUGCUUCAGUCCAGGAAUCUUUGCAAACACUUAAGUACCCAAUUGUUAUAAUUCACUUCUAUGUUUUUAAGGCUGGGGGAGGAAGGACUUCAAACUAUUGUCAUUUGUGUUUUAUUAACUGGAAACCUUAAAAGUAGAUUUUAGACCUUCUUAUUGCCUCCUGGUUCUGACAGAGUGGUUAUACAACCUUCAGAGUGAAAAAUUGCUAAGGGCUAGAUCCAUAAACUGCAUCUAGGAAUGCCUUUAGCCUCUUAGAUCUCCUUUCUCCCUGCAAAAGCUGUAAGCCCAGAUUAGUUACAUCCCUCUACACUAAAAAGAGAAAGCCUGGGUGUUAAGCAACAACCUCCACCAACUCUUUCAUACUGAGCAGGGAACAGUCUGAGUGAACAGAAGAAACACCCAGAUGGGCUAAAUUAAACCAGAGUGGUGUACUGAUAUUGAUAUAUUUUUCAAUACUGCCUUGCUCAUGGGACUGUAAGGUGCUUUGAGGUAAGACUUUUAGCAUCUCUCCCACAGCAGCUGUUGUUCAUCCCACUCUUUCCUGCAGUGAGCUCUAGAACCAAACUACAAUGCUGAGGUCACAAUCCUUCUUUUUCUCCAGCACAGUGAAUGUUGAACUUUCAGGGUCAGGCAACAACUGAGUAGACUUUGGGGAACUACCCUGUCAGCAUGGUAGUAUUUCAAAGCUGUAUUUAGCCACUUCUGUUCAAGUGCAAGUCUAAGCUGGGGUCUAAUUUACAACAGUGAAAGCAGCGACAAGGAUUUGAAUCCCAGCUUUGCAGACCUGUUAAACUUGCUUGUGAGAAAGGAUUGACUUUAUAUAACCCAUAUAUAACCUUCACUCAAAUGGCAUUCUUGCAAUCCUCCAAAACCUAUGCUUGGUCUACACAAGUGUUGUGCCAUGACCCAUGUUACCAUGUGAAUACUGACAGUAUGUAAAUUAGACAGGUGAGUAGACCCUAUGAGUUAUAAGUAUUCAUAACGUACCAAAAAUCUUAGAUAGUGGGGAAAAGGAGUGAGCAACAUAAGUGAACCAUGACUGACAUUUAGUGUCUCUCAAGCUGAGUUGCAUGCUUAAUAUUUGAGAGAAAGAACUGAGAGCAUAUUUAUUUAUUUUUUAUUUAAUAUUUUAGAAACACCUCCACUUGCCAAUAUUUAAAAAAACUACAAAAAACCCAAACCAAACAGCAACAAAAAAAAAAUCAAACAAAAAUCCCCACACCACAGUUAUGUACUGUACUCAUUUUUCUGUAGUUAUAAAAGUAAUUCUAUCAAAACAUAUAGCUAUACUAAUCUGGCCAGUGACAAAAGUGAACCAGCUACCAGAGGAGGUUUGGGAUGACAAAUUUCCAUCUAUUCCAUUACAUCUUAUGUGCCUGUAAAUCCUUGUCUGAAACAGUAGAAUUUGAGAACUAAUAAGCCAAAAAUUAAGACACUGAAAACUAUCAAAUCAAUCUGCCCUGUGAUUUUUUAAAAAAGAACAAGCUCUGAAUGACUGCUAUCUUUAUCUCUGUCAUCUAUAUCUAUGCAUCUACAUUAAUACAAGCUUCUGUCAUCUAUAUCUGUGUAUCAAUAUUAAUACAGGCUAGUUCACACAUUUGUAAUUAUUUUCUUUCUCAGUUUGUUAGAUUUAUCUGUUGGCACAGUCUCUCCAGUGCUUCAGCCUUUUUUGUUUUGCUGAUAUUAACAUUAAUGAGUUCUACUUUUUAAUUGAUAGUUAUUAAUUGAGUAAGGAUGUCAGGUAGCAAUAAAAUAAAAGACAAUGAACAGAAUAAAAGACAAUGAACAGAAACUUGGGAAAAUUAAGGGAAAAUUCAUAACAAAUCCCAGGUCAGCCUGUCCUUCCUGGUGUGUACUGGGCAGGCACGAUGCUUUUUGUAUAUAAUGCCAAAAUGGCACAGAAGUGUGUUUUUAUGCACUGACACCAAAUACCAGUAAAGCUCUUUCGAGGCCUCAUAGACUUAGAGACAUGAAGGAACUUGUAGAAGCCUGUGUUUUUAAACUUGUCCAAAAACAUCUAAAUGAUAAUUUUGUGCCAGUUCUGAUAUUUUAUGUUCACACCAGAUCCUAUAAAAAUUCCCCUUCCUUGUUCACAGCUCAUAUCACCAGCCCUUUCUAGCUCUUUUCUUUCUAUGUAGUACAUGAUUGAAGACUUCAUUGGUUGUUGGCUGCAGGUUUACUCAUGAAAAACAUCUUUUUAGUUGUGUUUUGACUGUAAACUACACUUACAUUAUUGUUUCAAUCUUUUUUUUUCUAUUCCAAACCCCAGAUUAAGGAAGUAAUAAAUGAUGGAUUGAUUAUUCAGGAAAAAAAAAAAUCUCUUCUAAUUCUCUUGAAGAAAAACAUUUCCUAUAACAUACCUUUUCUCUAAGGUUUCCAACAGUUUGGAAUCUCAAUUUGAAGCCAAUUAUGGGACUCUAACUUUUUUGAAAGUACUGAUUUCCAAACCUCUGAAAUACCAUUUUCCUCAAUUUAUUACAAACUAAAGAAAUAUAAAGGGUGUCUUUAAAAGUAAAAGGAAAAGCCUUAGUUGGUGAAUUUUCUUUGACAUUUUAGGACCUUGAUUUAUGUUAUGCUCGAGUUCUCUCUUUCUUCUAAAUGCAUAUACAUAUGUUUGCACUUUCACACAAAAGAAUCAUAGAAUGAGAAUAAUUUAGUUUGGAAACGGGCUAGAUUGAGUCUAUCCCUUAACCUAGUACUGCUGAGUCCACCACUAGAUUAUGUCCUUAAGCACCACAUCAACACAACUUUUAAUGCCUCCAGGGACAAUGAUUCCGCCACUUCCUUUUUCAAAUGCUUGAGAACCUUUUCCAUGAAGAAAUUUUUUCCAGUACCCAAAAUAAACCUCCUCUGGCACAACUAGAAGGCGUUUCAUCUUGUCCUACCAGUUGCUGCCGAGGAGUAGAGACCAGCCUCCUGUCACUACCACCUUUCUUCAGGUAUUGUAGAGAACAAUAAGGUCCCCCUGAGCUUCCUUUACCCCAGGCUAAACAACCCCAGCUCCCUCAGCUGCUCCUCAUCAGAAUUGUUCUCUCCACUCUUGACCAGCUUUGUUGCCUUAGUCUGGGUCCAGUUCAGCUCCUCAAUGUACUUGUGGUCAGGCACACAGAACUGGACAUGGUACUCAAUGCGUCACCUCUCAAGUGACAGGGGCAGGGGGACAAUCACUGCUGGCCCCACUACUUUUGAUAAAAGCCAGGAUCCCACUGGCCUUCUUGGUCACCUGGGCACACGUCUGGCUCAUGAUCAGCUGGCUGUUGACUCUCCUGUACUUUUCUGCUGGGUGCAUUGCCUGACACUCUGCCCCAGCCUAUAGUGCUGCAUGGGUUUGUUGUGACUGAAAUGCAGGACCCAGAACUUUGUCUUGCUGAACCUCAGACAGCUGGCCUUGCCAACUGAUCCACUCUGUCCAGAUCCCUCUGUAGAUCCUUCCUACCCUCCAUCAGAUCAACAAUCCUGCCCAUCUUUGUGUGAUUUUCAAAGUGACUGAUGGUACACUCAAUUUCCUCAUGGAGAUCAUUGGUAAAGAUUAAACAGAACUGGCCCCAACACUGAGCCCCAGGGAAUGUCACUAGUAACUAUCUGCCAAAGGAAUUUGACUCCAUUCACCACCACUUUCUGGGCCAGCCAUCCAGGCAAGGUUUACACUGCAAACACCUUCCACACCAGGAGCAGCCAGUUGCCCCAAGAGAAUCCUGUGGGAAGUUGUGUCAAAGGCCUUGCUAAAGACCCAGUAGAUACCAUCCAUAGCCUUUUCCUCACCCACUUAACUGCUCACCCUGUCAUAGAAGGCAAUCAGCUGGUCAAGCUAGACCUGCCUUUCCUAAAUCCCUGCUGGCUGGGCCUGAUCCAUUGGUUGUCUUGCACAUGCCAUGUGAUCUCACUCAAGUUGACCUGCUUCAAAACCUUCCCCAGUGCUGAGGUCAGCCCUUCUUGUAGAUGGGUGUCCCAUUUGUUAAUCUGCAGUCAUUUGGGACUCCCCUGCCGAGCCAGGAGUGUUGAAAAAUGAUGGAAGAUGAUUUAGUGAACUCUUCUAGUAUCUCCCCUGUACCCUCAGGGUGAAUCCCAUGCAGGCCUUGUAACCCUUGUUCUCACCAAGUGAUGUAACAGGACACUGAAAAUUUCCCCAUGUAUUAUGGGGGCUUAAUUCUGCUCCCCAUCCCUUUCUUUCAGCUCAGAGGACUAAUUACCCCCCAUUGCCUUAAAAAUUGCUCUUAUUAUUAAAGACUGAGGCACUACCUCUGACUUUUCCUCAUCCUUUGUUACCAUAUUCCCCCUUGCAUCCAUUAAAGGAUGGAAAUUCUCUACAGCCUCCUUUUUGUUGCUGAUAUGUUUAUAGAUACAUUUUAUAUUAUCUUUUAUGUCAGUAGCCAGAUUAAGUUCUAGUUGGGCUUCAGCCCUUCAAGUUUUCCUCCUGCAUAGUCUCAUGACAUCCUUGUAGUCUUCCUGAAUGGCCUGCCCCUUCAUCUAAAGGUCUUAAACUCUCUUUCUUCCCUGACUUCCACUCAAAGCUCUCUGUUAAGCCAGGGUGGUCUUCUUUCUCAUCUCCAAGACUUAUGGCAGGUGGCAGCAGAUUUCCCUCUUAAAGGUCAUCCAGCUUUCCUGAAUUUCUUUCUUCUUCAGAGCUGCCUCCCAAGGGACUUUGUCAGCCAGGCUCCUAAGAAGGCCAAAGUCUGCCCUCCAGAAGGCCAAGCUUUUCUGAUCCCACUCCUUACUUUUCCAAGAAUUGCAAACUCUAUUAUUUCAUGAUGGCUGUGCCCAAGAAGCCUUCUGAUCAUCACAUUACCCUAAAGUCCUUCUCUGCUCUCAAAAAACAGAUCCAACAGGACCCUUUUUGGGUCAUUCAGAUAUUGUGCCAGGAAAAUAUCUUCCACACAUUCCAGUAAACUUCUAGACCAUUUUCUCUCUUGUAACUUUCAGAUAUGUCCAGCAGAUAUCUGGUAAACUGGAGCCCCUCGUGAGAAUAAAAGCCAUGUGAGACUUCUCUUACAGACUUCUGCUUGCAAAUUAUUUCAUCCACCUCUCCAUCCUAGCUGGGUGGUUUCUAUGAGAUUCCUAUGACAUAUUCCUUGUUGUCCUUUCUUCCAAUCCUCUCUUGUAAAGUCUUAACCCUGACAUCACCAUCAUUAAAUUCUAGGCAAUCGAAACGUUCCCAUCCUUGUCUACCCCUUCUGAAGAGUUUUUAUGCCAUCCAUUGCAGCACUCCUGCUGUGUGGGUCUUCCCACCAUAUUUCUGUGAUAGCAAUUAUGUCACAGUUUUCCUGCUGCACCAUGGCUUCCAGCUCCUGUUUGUUGCUCAUGCUGCAUGCAUUGCUGUAGAUGAAUAGCCAGGGAAGUCUCUCAACAUUAAUAUUACAAAUGAACUUUUAACCAAUGGACAGCCAUUCUAAUCAAAGCUGAAGUAUCAAGGAAAACAAAUUGAGAUGGUCAGUUUGGAGGCAGGUUUUUCUAAUAAAUACAAGGAGUUGGUUAUACGCAUCAUUAAAUAUUUCAGCUAAGAGAAAGUUAGAAAAUGCAUUGUUGUCAACCAUAAUUAAUACCAAUUUGGACAGGAAUAUUUCAAACACUACUGUAGUAGGUCUUGGUUGCUAGAGCCAGCAGAAAUUUCUUUGGGCAGUUCAAGAUAUACAGUUUUCUUCUUAUAAAUUUCUUAUUAUUUAUAUUGUCAAGAAUUUGCCAAUUAAUUAGUCAAAAUAUAUGGAGCACAUUCUUUCUGAAAGCUUCAUAUUUAAUGUUUUCUAAUGUAUGUUGAAAACAUAACUUAUAGCUUUGGCUUCUAACUUAUAGAAAAAGUAGGAAAGGUUCACUGAAUAAGAUAAGUGCAGGCUUUUGUAGAUGAUUCAAAUUAAGUUUAAAGCUAGUUGAACAUAUUAAUAUUAUUCAUCUCAGCCAAAUAAAAAUGUAGAAAUUGUCGCAUUAGUCCAUUCAGAAUUAUAUUUUAUCUGUACAGGUAUGAAAACUACAUUCAUUUUGAUGGUGAAUAAAAAUAAAAGAUUUCAAUAUUUGUGUAAUCACAAUUUAAUUAUCACCAGAGCUGUCCAUAAUUUCUUCUGUACAACUAGGCAAAAUUCUUGGGUGAAAGCUUAAAAGCUCUGUCUCUAAGUUUACCAGAAUUAUUAUCUAUCAACCCAUGAGUGCACACAGAUAUUCAAGCACAUAUUCACAAAUAGAUGUAGAGAAGACUGUCACACGGUCUUAUCUUUGUUUCUUUUCUCAGAAACUAGAGAUAUGUUAAGAAUAAAAUAAUUUAAGCAAUUCUUUGCCUUUGUGCAAUAUCUGAAUCCAAAUUUCACAGAAACCUUCCUGUGUAUAAAGAUGGAAUUUUAUGGAAUCCAACAACAAACAAACACUGAGAUGUAAUCUGCAUUCUUGCUUGCCUUUUUGUGUCCAUUCUUUGUUUUUAUUUUUGUUCAUGGCACUAUUUUCCACCUCUUCACUCCCAUACUUUUGAAGAAGGUUAACAGAACUAAUGACUAAGUGCAUUCCUACAAAGGACCUAAGAAAUAACCUCAAAAUUAUACAAUGCGUGCUUUAAAGUAAUGAAAUAGUCUCUCUGUCACCCUCAAAAAUAGCAGGGACUAGUUUCACCACUUCCUUCCCUCCAGACUGCUCUCAUAUGCCUUUUAUAGUGAAGUAUUCUCUUGGAAAGAAACAAUGCACAAGUUCUGAAACUUUUUUUUUUAAUAAUUACCAGAUGGAAUGGAGUUGAUGAGGUGAAUGUAACCAGGAUUUAAAAAUAUCAAGUGCCAUUAGGUGACAUUAAAUGUAAUGAAAUCUCAAGGUCAACUUAAUUUCCUGCAUCUCCUUAUCUCUUUGACACAUAGUACUGUAUCUCAGUAGCUGCCACCAACAGCUACCAUCAGUGUGCUUGGCUAAUUGGUAAUCAGUCAUGUCACUUGGUGUGAUCUCAUCCAGUCUGACUACUGAACCUGAGUGCAACAACAAAAAAGGAAAUUGAAAACUCUUAGUAGAUAUGUGUUUAGCCCAUGUAUUUUCAGCAGCACUAUAUGCCUGCAGUUCAAGCUUUCAUUAUAUUACAGUAAUAGGCAUGUUUGGAUUUGAUGGUUUUGGGAGUUAUUCAUACAGGAAUAGUCUGUAGAACUAAAACCCGUGGCAUUUAGCUACCAACCAAAUAACCCCAUCAAAUGCUGAAAGAUAAGAUUUCUUAGCAGUUCAAUAGCAUUAAGAUAGGGAAAAAAAAACGUUAAAUAAAAUUCCUACUCCCAUAUCCUUUCUCAUCAUUAAAUUAACCAUUUCAGCAUGGAGUGUAGCCAUCACAGCUGAAUGAAACCAGAGAGAAUCUCAUUGCUGGGAUGUGAUCCAGCAAAGUGCUUAAGUACAGCUAGAAUAUAAGGAUAAUAAUAUCCCAUCAAAGUUACUAUAUGAUGACCCACAUGAUAAAAAUUGCACAGAAUUGUAGGUAGGUUCUUUUCUGGUUUAGGGUCUAAGGAACAAGGCAUUUAAGAUCAGCCUUUCAUGUGCUAAAAUAUAUUUACCAAUCUUUUUAAGAGACGACAUAUAAAGAAAAAUUACUAUCUCAUCUUUGAAUGCUAUACUCAGGACAACUUCAUAUGUGAAAAUCCUGCACAUUAAGUGAUCACUUUAUUCCCAAACUAAGCAGUUGUCUGAAAUGGCAAGCCACAAGUGCUAAUCUCUGCUGCUAAUAAACAAAAGUAAAUCAUGGCAGAAAACUCGUUUAUGUUCAGUAAUCUCCAGAGGAUUAGCAUUUCAAGGGAUCAGAUUUCCUAAACUCCUCUUUCCUGAUAACAGCCUCUGCUGUGAGGUGACACACCAAUAGACAUAAAUUAUCUAGAGCUGCAGAUAAGCAGAGGCCAUUUGGGGGUUCGAAGUGCAAUAUAAAUAGAUGCAAAACAGUAGGGUAACUGGUGCUCAUCACAAACCUCAGAAGGAUUAGCAGUUCAAGCUCUGAUUUCCUUGCUGUUUUUAGCUGUGAUUUAUCAUCAGACAGUGCCUGAGCGUCUGUUUUAUCUGUGAUAAUUUAAUGGUUUAGUGGCAGUCCCUUUAUCUGGGGGUCAUAAUUAAGCUUGUUUGAUCAGUUUCCUAACAAGCACCUCCUCUGUAUUUUUAGCUAUGCCUAUUUUUUCUCUGUGUGUAGCAGCAUUUUUGCUAAUUAGUAUUAACAAUAUUAUUGUUAACAAUUACUGGUAAUGAUAACAAUCUCUUAAAAGGUGAGCAUUUAUCUGGAGGAGAAAUGCAAGCCAAAAAGGAUGCAAGACUUUGAAUCUAAAUACAUUUAUAGGAGAUUAUAACUGUAGUGUCUUAUCACCUCUUUGGUUUGUCAGAUUCAAAUCUAACUCAAAUUCAUAACUGAAUAAAAUAAUUUUAAAUUGAAUAAAUUAACAUCAACUUGAAAAUAAAGAUGACUCCAAUCUUACAGUGCAUUUACUAAUAAUAAGCUGUAUCUUCCACUCUCAUGAGAAUUUUUCCAACAAAAGAUGACUUUUAAAACCUUAUUUUGGCUGUUUUAAAACACAGGUGCCAUCAAAAUGACAUUUUAGCUAUUAAAAUCACUAUUAAAAGAAGCAACUAAUUAUUUUUUCUACUGAAUAAUGGAUAUUUGAAAGGAAAUAUUUCUAAGGUUUUAUUUUUGAAGACAACACAGUGACUGGCAAACAAAUGUGUUAAAUGGUGAUUUGGGUUGUUUUGGGUUUUUUUUUUUUUAAGGGAGAUCAAAUAAAAAAGAAACAGAUUCAGAUUGGUCACACUAUUUCUUAAUUAUUGAUGUAAAGUCCUUAAAUACCUUAGAGACCACAGGGAGAUGUGAUUAGGUUAUGUAGUGAUAUUUAAGGGAACUGAAUGACUGCCUUUAGAAAGGCAUCUAAGGAACCUGAUCACAGGUAUAUAGAGGCAAGAGUUAUGGUAGUAAUAUGUGCAUAAAUCUAUGCAUAUGUGAAUUUAUGUGAAUUUGCACAUCUAUGUAUGUGGUUUUGUGUUAUGUAUUUCAUGUUAUGUAUGUUUUAGUCAUAUACAUAACUUUAUGUAUUCAAUGAUUGAUUAAAACUUGUCAUUAAAAUACAUCUUAUUUAACUUUUGAAGAAAAAAUUAGUAGUGGGAUAGAGAAUAUAUAUAUGUCUAACCUAAAUUAAUUAUUUAGAUACCAUAAUUAAUGCAGAGAGACAAGGUUCAUUAGAAAGUGAGUAAUUUCUUUUACCUGAUUUGCUUGUUUUAGAAUCAGAUUCAUUGCUUUUCUUUCUCCUGGCUAUAGAUAAACUCCAGGUGACAUGGCUAAGCUUGCAGCUGGUUUAGGGUUAGAUGAGACUAUACCCACAUGAGCAAAAAGAGUAAAUUUCAGAAUGAGAAUUUCCAAUACUUUCUUAGGAUGUUACCUCCCUGUUCUUUGCAAAUGGAAGAACUGCCGCAGAAGUAUUGUAAAUGUGUUUAUAUAAAUGCAUUUUCUGCCUUGUGUAGAAAAAGGCUCACCUGAGAAUCCUGAAUAAACCAACAUUUUUCUCUGGAUAUCAGCAAAUAACCUAUAGUAAUAUUGAUUAAAUAGGCAAAGACUUGCAGCCAACCCCAAAGAAAAACAAAAUGAAAAAACAACACAUCUGUUAGUUCUCCUCUACUAAUAAUGCAAUUUUACUGACUUUUGCUGAGUUUUGCAGGUGGAUCAGAAAUGGCUUGUGUUCAGCUGUUUGGGUUUGGCAAGCAGGAAUUUGAUUUUAAGCUUGUUAUCUGGCCAAGAGUAUGGCAGAGGAAUUUACUUGGAGUAUUACAGACUACAGUCUCAAAGGAGCUUUUUCCAUACAGAACUCUUAGUCCAGUUCUUGAUGAAAUGAGUGAGAAACUUUUCACUGCCUGCAGUGGGAUCAGAGAGAAGGUGCCAGCCACAUUGCAGCUGCAGCUGGCAGUUGCCUGGGAAGCUGGAAUUUUACUGAGCUAUGAAACAAGCAAAAUGUGUGAAAGAUAGAACUGACAAGGUGUAAAGGAGAUUGCAAUAUAACACACCAAAAUCCUUAACUGGUAUCUGCGGCUGAGGCCAGUGACACUUGGGUGCAGAGGUGGCUCUGGGAGGCCUCGAUGAGAUAAACACCCAGUGACCGAGACGUGUGCUUUACACAUCCAGCUUCACAGAUAACUUUCCAAAACUAACAAGACAGAAACAUUCCUGGAUGAAUACUGCUUUUGUUAUUGCCAGUAUGUGACAAGUUUAGAUUUUUUUUCCACCACUAGAACAAAUUGUUAAGGAUAUAUGAAAUAGGAGUCUUUGCCCAGCUCACAGGGAGAGCAGAGACAGCACCGUGCAGUCACCACUGUGUUAUGUUGUUAGUUGUUCACCAGCUAGUGCCAGACAUAAUAUAGUCAAAUAAAUCUCAAGAACAAAAACAUCAUGAACCAUUUGAAGUGCUGAAACCUUUGUUUUAAGUUCACCAAAGGUUUCAGUUGAUCUUACUGUUGUCAGUAUAGAAAACAAUAAAUAUCCUAAAUAUAUCUCAUUGCCUUAACUUUGGCCAUUACCUGCCAUUACUUGCAGAAAUUAUGCUCAUUCUAAAAAAGAAAUUGUUGAUAUUACAAAACAACUGCUCAUGUGUCUGGAAACUGAAAUAAGUUUUCAGUUUAUAAUGUAACAUUAGUUUCUGACUCUGUGUUCAUGGUUAAGAUUAGGAAUGGAUUAAAUUUGUUGGUUUUAUUUUGUGUAGUUUUGCAUGAAAAUUAUCAUGGUCUGGUAACACAUUCAGUCCCACUAUCCCUCCUGCAUUUGUAGCUUUAAUAAUGUGAUUUUAUUUGCUAUACGUAUAUAUAUAAAAAAAACAUAUUGGUAUACAUAUACAUAGAUUCUGGUAUGUAAAAUCAUAAAUUCUCACUCAUUCUUUGAUGUACAAACAAUUUUCAAGAAUCUAUUUUCACCCACAAACAGGCAUGUUAUUACUGGAAAACAGUUCCAAAUGUGAUUUGAAUACUUCCAUCACAAAGCCAAAUUUUGUUUCCUCUAGAAUAUAAAUGUAGUUUUCACUAGAUUAGAUCCAAUUAUAUCUCUAUAACAGUCUCCGUUAUAUUUAAGACAUUUUUUAUUGCAUUAUGAAAAUUUUGCAUAAUAUGAUCUUCUCAUCCAAGCCUCAAAUUCUGUUUUCAGCUCUUCCACUGAUUUACUAUUUUAUAAUAGAGAAGCCUUUUAAUCUCUCUGAACUUCAGUUUACUCAUUUGAAGUAGAUGAGGAGACAAGUGUGAUCUAAUUGAUGUUUAUACAGCUCUUUGAGACCUUGUAAUGAAAAAUAAGACAGAAGUGAUAAGUAUUCUUAAAGGUACACCUGCUUUCUUUUCUCUAGUUUUUGCCAAAAAAAUCUCUGUGUUAUUGCUAAAUUUAGUAUCAUCUAUUUUAUUAAUACUCUUUUCAUAGUCAGAAUUCUUAAAAAUAUCAUUAUGUAUAUUUUCUUACUCAAAUCAACAUUUUUCUCCCAAAACUGUAAAAUAUUGUGGGCAUGAUGCAGUCCUGAACUGACUAAUUUUUCAUUUAAUAUUUCCUUUAAUUUCAUUAUGCUCUUUUUAAAUCCCAAAAUCUGAAAUUCUUUGCUCAAUGGCAGACUGCUGUGUACAUAUGGAAACCCAGCAGUGUAUGGCUUAGUGUUCAGCAGAGAAAUGUAUUCAAAAUUUGGAUGUUAGGGGACAAUGCAGUAAGAAUGAGCCUGAUAAUAACAUAAUCCAGCGUCUUGUGAUCUGUAUUCACAAGAAUAAAUAUUUAUAUUUUUAAAACUAAUCUAUGUAACAACCUCUCCAUGGAAAACAAAGUUUUUCUUUUCCUUGAAACAAAAGUAAUAAUCAGGUUUCAAUGUGCAAAUAUAUUUAUUUACAAAGAAUAAUUAUUCAAUAUAACAAAUUGUUUGGUAGUGAACCAGAAAUAUCACUUUGUGCUUCCUUUGGAUUUUUUUGUCUUCAGAAAAGCAGGACAGGCGUUGACAUAUUUUCAGUUGUGUAUUUUUCAUUAUGGAGUGACAGGAACUAUUGGGUCUAUUCCAGGCCUAUUUUGAAUUCUGGAAUACAGUUUCUCCUGUGAUAGCCUAAUUACAUGGUUGCAGAAUACCACAGUCAUUGGAGCUAGUGCCAAUAGGGUAACUUAAGGACUCACAAAUCAAUGAGAUCAAGGAAAUAGGAUCUGGUCUCUUCUUCUUGUCUAUGGUGUGUAAAAGCUGCUUCUUUGGGGAAAAAUAUGUAAAGUUCUGUAACCAUUCUUCAGACCCAGUGGGGGUCCUAACAAGGCGAAGGAGGGGACGACAUAAUAACUCAUUUUAUGAUCAGAGCUGUUUGUUGGACUUCAAGCAGUAACUUGCUGUUAAGGAACAUGGCACAAAAAGUAGUGGCAUCCACAUUUCUAUUGCUAUUUCCUUGCAUUUUCUAUUGUGCUGAUGGGAGAAGCAGUAUCACUCUCAGGGAUUGAGGGAGAUGACAAUUUGGAGAGGGUUAUUAAUUACCAGUUACUAUUCAUGGGGUUUCUGUUUAAAUGUGCAGGAAUAUGAAAUUUGGAUGUGAAAUCAAGCUCACAUCUCCCAGGCAGCUGCACUGCACUAGAAAUACAUAAUUUAGAGCACUUCUAACUUCAAGCUCUUGCAUGUCAUUUUAAUGGCUCAUUGACAAAACGAUGUGGGGGGAAGCACAAAAAAAUUAACUUCUCUCAGAUAAUAAUCAGAAAAAGAGAUCAUUCCUCUAUUGAUAACGUUGUUCAGGGAUGCUGUUUUGGUAAAAAAAAAAAAAAAAAAAAAAAAAAGAUGGAAAUUACAAGUUGUAGGUAUUAAGGUAUUAAGUAAAAAAACAAGACACUAUAGUUGCCUUGGUAAGUGUCAGCUGUAUCAUGUAGCACAUAAACCCAUGCUGACCUUCAGUUUCAGAGCAGACUGGAAAAAGUCAGCAGCAAUUGCUCACCUGCUUACAAAUCUGAAUCUACUACUGGCAAAGAGAAUCUCCCUGUAUGGUUUCUGUGACAACUGAAAUAAUUUUCAUGUCUUCCCCACUGCAAUUUCAAUAGGUAGGGAAUAGUUUUCAUAUUGCAAAUCUUCACAUUUUGCUCAGAAGAGGUCCUGCCAGGGACACAUGUGAAGGGUUACAGUUUACAUUUUUGAAAAGAAGCCAGAUCCUCAGGGAGAAGUGAUGAAACUUCAGUCUCAUCAAGAUUCUUCCCCAAACACAGGAGAACUGAUAUGCUGCUUUGAAGAACCGUGGUCAAAAGUUAAAAGCAGGCCACCACAAAGGGUCAAAAAUCCAAUGUGCAGAGGCCAAACACUUGCUGUUACUGAAAGUAGUUAUGGCUUUAUCAAGGCACAAGGUAUCAGUAGAGUUGGCAUAAAAACAAAAGAUUUCUCAUGUUGUGAAAAGAUUAUAAAAAUUACACUUUACUGUGAAGCCUCCUGUGCAGUACUGUAAAAUAAACCAAAUAACUCCCCUAUAAUUCAGCUUUAGUUAUCUCAUUGACCCUUUUCCUUUUGGUUGUUUGUCUGGUAUUUUUUAAUUUGACAAAUAUCUCAAGCUCAAUACUAUUAUUUAAUUAGUGAUAACAACUUCAGAAUCUCCAGGUAGACGUGUUCUUUACCUCCUUUGAGUAACUACUGUUUUUUGCAAGCAGGUAAGUCACUUAGUGACAUAGCACAUUCAUUUAAGCCUAAAUUUAUCCUUUUCCAUGGCCAAAAUAACAUCACAAGGAACAUCAGAAUUCAUAUCCAUAUGCAGUUUAUCUUGCAUUCAUUGACUGAAAAACGUAAUUACCUCUGUGCAAAAGGAGGUUGUGAUAAUAUUUUUUUCCCAAAAACUGAAGGUCUCAGAAACUAAAUCCCUAUUGGUUUCCCACAUUGGUUCAUUGCUUUCUCUACAUGUAUGUAAGAUUGGAGAGUUGUUUUCAGAUUCCUAAUAGAAUGGAAAAAAGUGAAGUCUGGUGAUAAUAACUGGUGAUGAUUUGUACAUUGGUGUGAAGAAUAAAUACUGAAAUCUACAAGCUUCUUUAUUUUCUUUUCCAAAUGAAACAAAUAUUUAAUUCCUAUAGAAUUAGGAUAAAAUAUCAUUUUAUUGACAGCACUUUCCUCUCCUCUGCAGGAAAGGAAUGAUUCAUACUAAAUGAUGAGGGUUGGCUGUGAAAUUCUCUGCAAUUUUUGUUCAGGCCAUGCACUUCAGUGACAAUUUUAUCCACAUAGAGACCAUAGUAACAAAUAUAGGAGAACAAACGCUCUGGUCAGUUUUUAAAGUUAGUAUUGGUGCAUAUGCUGCUUUAAAAUGUAGAAACACUUUUACACUCUUUCUUCAAUUUCUGUGUUUGUAUUACUACUAUUUGAUAGCACAACCAAAAAUAGAAUAAACUUGGUCUGUACCAAAAAGUUCUACAAUUUGAACAGCUUCUGAAGAGGUUAAAGGAGAAUGUGUUUUUGGUCUACUGAGUAUUGGUUGGUGAAAAUUCUCCUCCAUGUUCUAUUGCAACUAAUUAAGGAUUUUUAAUUUAAUUUGACUAGGGUCAUUCUUCCUCGGGAAGGGAA